CUGUCCCCUUUAACCGUACCUGCCACAUGGGUUUGUUUCGGGUACUAUAGUAACGCUCGCUACCUUAACAACUUAAAUAGAUGGUUUGUUUAUUUUAUUUAGGACACAUUCUAGCGCAUUUCAAUUCUUCAGUCGUCCUCGGCAUCAUUUAAAACAUAAUUGUUUUCCACUGAACCAAAAAUGAAGAGGAUGCAAGCCUCAAAACGAGCUACGAGACUACAUCCAAAGCGAGAUCCCCAUUUGGAGACGUUAAUAAACGACUUGGAGCGAAAGCUGCAGAAGGUGAGCAACCAACGUGAAGAGUUGUGCACUUCCCCAACCCUCUACAAGGACGUCUUCUUUCACACUCCACAGCCCACGUCGAGCGAUCCAAUCAAUCUGGACAUGACGCACAUCAUCCCGAAGCGGCUCUACGACCGGCUGAAACGCAUGGUCCAGCUGCCACCGUACGAUGACCGCGAGUUCGAGGGAAUUCUAGCGGUCCGGCUGCAAGAGCCCGUCACCACGAACCACACCGAACCGAACGGGGACGACGACGACGGCGACAACGACGGGAGCGACUUGGAUCUACAGACGGAGCGUGACACACUGGACAUGGAGGGGCGCGAACCAGCCCCACCGUUCGAGCUGGUGGUCGAGGAACGGUCGGCCGCCCGGUCGCGCAUCAUCCCGACCGACACGCAGAGCAACUGGAUGGAGGCGUACCUGCGCAAGACGGGCAACGAGCGGAUCCAGUGGCAGACGAAGUACUACCGCACCGACCAGAAGCUGCUGGACAAGCCGCUCUUCCAGCAGAUCGAGGAACUGAUCGAUCUCGGCGCCCAGGACUUCUCCGAAUGGUUGAACGGGCUCGGCGCGGAAAAGUCCAACAUCACCAAGGACAUCAUCAAGCAGCUGUUCUCGAUCGAGAUCGAGGACGAGAUGGCCCGGGCGCUGCGGGUGGACACGCGGGAAGUUCGCGCCAUCCCGACGGACGUCGCGCGCCACUGGCAGCUGGACCAUAUGGCGCUGCAGAACCGUAUCGCACAGGUGAUGCGCGCCGACCGGCAAGCGAUGGCCAAGGUUCGACCGCGAAAUGUGGCCUUCGGCCGUACCCUACCGCCAGCCCUUCGGACCGCCAGCCGGAUCGAUUCGGCCGACACGAUCGAGCCGGACUUUCCGGACGAGCUGCGGACGCUGCGCAGCCUCUUCCAGGACAUUCGCCACCUGCGCUCGGUGCGCUACCUGAUCGACCAUCUGCGCACCCGGCCGGACAUUCAGCGGCCCCGCUACCUGCUGGACGCCGGCCUCUUCCGGUCGACCCGUGGCGAGCGCCCCGUACCCUUCUAUCAGCAGGUGCUGCCGCGGAAAGUCAUCCUCGACAGUGUGCAGCACAAGUAAAUCCGCGGCUCGCGAUAAGGCGCCAGCUGAGGUGCCGCUCGUGAUUACCUGUGAGUGCCGCAGCCACCCAGCAGCACUGAGUGUAGGUAUUGUUGUGUAGUUAAAAUAAAGCCAGAGUGCGGGCUCCCGAUAACGCCAAACCUGCGCCCGGCCCGACCCGGGCGAACACAGGAUGGAGUUUUCUUUCCGCCCUUGUUGUCUCGAACGCUUCUUCGAAAUUCGGCCCUGUCUUACGCAGUUGUCUUUUUUAUCGUGU